CAUUCCGUUCUGUUCCGUCUCCUCCGCGCUAUCGUUCAGUUAAGAAUAUUUUUCUGUUGCUCCUACAUAACUGCCGCUGAAUCUAAAUGCAAUCAAACUUUGAAGAUGCCUAAGCCAUUCACGCGCACCGCAACAUGAGAUAAAAUCCAAAUGGCGAGUAUGGAAAAGCGCCGAUCCAUUGACGACAGUUUGCAUGAUCAGGCCUUGCCUAUUCCCAUACAAACUUUUCUCUGGAGACAGACGAGCCCGUUCAUACGAGCCAAGCUUGGAAAGCUCCACGAAGCGUCAUGUACGUUCUGUCAACAUGCGCCCGGCCAUCAUGAGAUGAAAGAAGCUUGCAAGUCCUUCGAAAAAGUAUUGGUGCAAAAUAUACACUUUGGAUUAUCGCCAUCCCUGACCGAGGCCCUAGACGCUGUUCCACGAUGGCGUCUCAUUCAAGCUGCACUUCCACAUGUUCUACAUGCCGCGGCCAAUCUUUUACACAACAGAAAAGACACAAAUCUCCAAAGUCUUGGUACCGUGGAGACAAAGCUUCUUUACACCUUGCACUGGAUAAUUUUGGACGCGGCCGAAGAAUGUGCCGAAGCUGAUGCCGAAGCUGGAAUUUAUCACGCAAAUCCAUUCUAUUACCUGUUCUCUGUACCAACGAUGUCGUUAUUCGUUUAUCUUUUCGCCCCCCUUUGCAAUCAUCUGAAGGAAUCGGACUUCACGAACAAUUUUCGUUUGGAGAACGGUCUGAAGAUGUGGUCCGCGCUUUGGGAAUGUCGACAUCCGGACACAUCAUGUUUCACCGCACAUUGUCGACCCAAGCCAAGGGCGCUCUGGACCCGUUCGAUGAAAAUGUCCAAGCAUAAUCAACAGUUCGAUGACCUAUUUUUAGCAAAAAAAAAUACCAACGAGGAAUUCUUGGACACUGAAAGCCCGCCGAGUCAAUCAGCUAGCGUUUGCUUCUCCGAUCAAGGUGCUCCUCCCUUAACUAAACAACAGGACGACGAGAGUAAUUGGGUCUCCUCUCCAAAGGAUACGGUAUUCCCUGAGACGAUACCCGAAGAAAGUUCAAGCACCGAAGACGAACAUGUGGUCAUAUUCAGGUUACCAUCCCUUACCGAAUCCGAAAGAACUAUCGACGGCGUGAAAGAAGUGUCGACUAUAUUCGCUGGCGAAGCCAGCAUUUUUCACGUCGCGAUGGGACGCACAACGAAUGCCUUCAAGUCCACGAUGACCAUAGAACAAGUUACGGCAAUAUCUGGCCUGGAUACGAAACAGUAUCAAAUGAAACCCUCCAUACAGCAAAUGGGAUCUCUGGAUAAGGACUCCGUGGACAGUUCGAAGAUCCAAGGAACCGCUCAAAAUUUUCACGGCUCUCCUACGAUGAGAACGGCGAUCAGAAACGAAAGUCAUGCACCGGUGAUUGACAUCUGCGCGGCAACAUUUCUGGAUGUCGCUGUUCUGAGAUGUCUUUUUGUUGCGCAGUGGCAAGAAGAGGGUGUUUUUUGGGCUCUUCAGUUCUUGUACCAUCGUCUCAGAGAAAUAAAUGAGGAAUCUUGUACCCAACAACAGCCUCGCAGACGUAGCAACUCUUUGCCGAUUCCGAAAAUCGAGGUUUCCAUCUACCAGAGUCCUGAGAGCAACAAACGAGAGGAGGCGAAAGAUUUCAUUGAAAUUCCAGAACCGAAAGAUGUUUCCAUACUGACAGACGUUGCUAAUUUUUCAGAAUCUCCUUACGCCCCAAAGUUGGCUGAAACUAGUCAUACGCGAUGCGCGAGUGAAAAGGUCAAAAAACGUAUGAAUAUGGCUGAUCUCAAGGCUUUCGUUGAAACGAAAUUAUUAUCAAAAUCCGAAAAAACUUUAGAAAAAAUAGGCCAAGAUGACCCCAAGGCAUUCUUCGAACAGGAAUGUCACAGAAGUCUCGAUACAGGAGACGAUCAUCUGACCAGACCAGCAUCAACAUUAUCGAAGAUUUUCGAUGCAAAAGACGUGGACAGAAUCAAACAUCCGACUAAUCUGAUAAAAGGGAAAAGCAUGCCGAGUUUGAGCUGCUUGAUUGACGAGCUGACCGCGGGAGGAUACAUCGGUGACACGAGAGUCGAAAGAAAGCAAGGACGAUUUUACAGUCAAUCAUACGCGGUCCCGAAUCCCAUAAUUACAGUCACCGAACAUACGCCCACACCGUCUCCGGAUUACAUGAAACGUCAGGGAUCCAUCGACAGCCAAUUAGACGUGGUCAGUCUGCACGGCAGUCGAUUGGGAUUCGAAAGAAAACCGAGUCUCACCAGAUCUCAAACAGAUUCGAACAUCACGUACACAGGCGAAGAAAUCCCUGAAGCCCCAGGAUCGGCUUGCUACAUCACGAAAGAAGGCGAUAUCGAUUACCAAGUGAUACUGAAGGCUGUCCAUUCGGUUGUACUACGCGACAACGUUUGCUGCACGUUACGCGUAUGUGAAAAUAUAUUGAAUCUUUUGGAGUUACUUAUGGACAUGGGAGUAUUGAAACAGUGCCUUCGGGAUGAAGCGAGUAACAGCAAUCCAGGAUCGAACAGUGGAAAAUCUGACAAGGCUCCCAGCAAACAUGAUUCUCCCACGAACGAACAGCAGCAAAAAAGUAGCGGUGGAUCUUCCGGAGUGGUAACGCCGCAUUAUUUGCUGAUGAACUGCGUGAUCAGAGUAUUGAAACACCUUGGUUGUCCACACGGUUGCGCCGAAGGGAUGCGAGGGCCACCGGCCGACUUCAUUCGAUCGCAAGGGCAGACGAUUCUCUACAAAUUGCAUCACGCUAGUUCGAGGCAAUUUUCCAAGUUUUUGAGAACCAUGAUACGCGAUCAGCCCAUACCGGAGAUAUUGGAUUUCUUUCACGCUUAUGUCGGAUUCUGCGUAGAUCCAAGUUCGUUAUUAUCUCCACUUAAUCAGAAACGGAGCUCUAGCAAAUCGCCAGAUAUCGCGUCCCAAGGCGGAUACGCGACUAAUUUUGGUGCUGGCCUGGGCGGUGGCGGAGGCCGAGGGAUAGAAGGGCAAAUAAUGUGCCACGUAUUCAAGGCUUUGGUUACGAGAUUCGUAAAAUCAACCAAAGAAUUAAAGUCCCAGGAAAACGUUACCAUUUAUUGCGAUCUCAGGCAGUUAAUGACCUACAUCAAAGAGGCUCACGGUGGUGUUUUUCGAAGAGUCGCGCUCAGCGGUUUAUUAGAUUCCGCCGAUAGACCGAAUAAACGUAACAAUGUUAACAUACAGACAACUCGUGUGAUAAGGCACAUUCAUCAAUCGGAGAUCGAAGAAAAUGUCGACCUGGGGACGGAAUCGUGCUACGUCAUGGACGACAGAGGAACGCGUAAAUUUUUAUUCAAAAAAAGGAGCACCUCUUCGACCUGCGCUAGCCUGCUGGAGACCGAACUGAGCGAGGAGAAUGCAAAAAUCAGUCAAAGUCCGUCGGGAAAUUUGCGAAAGAAGCAUCACAUUUUGACUCCGAGACAGAGUGAGCGUAAUUUGGGUAUCGCCGAAACUUACUUGGGGUCAUCGAAGUCGCGGAAAUCGAAACGCUUUCAAAUCGGGGGAAUCGUAAAUUGGUUUCGGAAAGAAUACGGCCGAACCGAUUCUACGGAUAGCCACGACAGCAGCGAAUCACCGACCGAGGGAAGUUUUAUAAGACAACCCAGUUUGCAUCACGCGUAUUACCGCAACACUUCCAAAAGUGGUAGAGGAGUCGGGCAGACGUUUCAAAAAGCAAAACGCAGAAUGGAGGAUCAGCUUAAUAAAAUUGGUCUAAAAAAAGGAAAGAAAAAAGAAAGUCUCGAAGAAAUACCGGGGUGUUAUUUCAGUCGUCGAAAUUCUAUGGAUAUCGGGGAAGCAUCGAGAGAGUCAGAAUUUGUCGUUUUGAAAGAAAGAAGAAUGGUGUCCCUGGGGUUGGUGUACAGUGGAAUGCAAAGAUUUUCAUUUUUAUUAGAAACUUGUCAGCCCGGUUCCGUACCUGAUCACCAUUUGAUGGCAGCCAUCUUAGACUUGCCACACGCGCCUGUGGUAGCUCGUGCCUCGCUAAUAUUGGAAUGUGCUCACCUUGUGCACCAAUGUAACAAGGGCCACUGGCCUACAUGGAUGAAGCUAAAUUUUCCAAUAUUUCGUCCUUCGGUUCCAUUAAACAGUCGUAAUGCACCGACCGGUCUCAGGCGAACGCACGUCUUGCAGAGGUCGGCUGGAAAACUUUUUUAUCAAUGGGCAGAAGCAAUCGGCUCUAGAUUGGAAGAAAUGCUUGCCCAGGAUAAAAAUAACGUGGAAAAUAUAACCGCCAUGGUUUCCGACGAGAUCAAACAAAAGGAGUUGAUCGUCGAGGACGAAGAAGAGGACUUUCUUGACGAAGCUAGUAUCAAUGGUUACGGGUCUCAAUGUCCCGUAGCACUUCGUCUGGUGGCUUGCACCCUUCUUCUGGAAAUAACAGCUUUUUUAAGAGAGACGUAUCAGACGUUACCAAAGUCAAGCAGACUCUCAACCAGAGAAAGACCACCCCCUUGGGAACGAAUGUACAGCCGUGAGGCCAAUCGGCGAUGGAGUAUGGCGCUUUCUUCUAUGGGGCAUUCCCAGACGUCGGCCCAAAGCUUACAGUCAAUUGCGGGAGAUCGAGAAACUGAAAGAAAAAUCAGUUUCGUUUUACACGAACCGGACAACGAAUCGGAAGGCAGUAGCAAAUCCACCGUAACAAUUCAGGGGGAAGAGAUCCAAACUAAUGAGAAGGAAAAAAACAAACGUGUUCCCCCGCCGCAGGGGCGUCCAUUUUUAUUGAGACGAGGUCCUGGAGGCAACACAAGCGGAUCGUUCAAACGGAGAAGUUUAAAACUCCGCAGAGGUACCAAAGACGGGAAGGACACAGAGUGCGAAACUUAUACUGUAAAACGUGCGGACUCUAUUCAAUCAAAAAGAAAAGUAAGCUCAUUGUCAGACAGGAGUGAUACCUCCGAACCUGGUCUUGGUGGUGAAGUCAGCGGCGAGGAAUCCCCUGGAAUUCUUAGCGACGAUCAACCCCCGGAAAGUCCGAGUGACAGUAACGACACCGACGAUACAAACAAAAACUUCCCUUGGAUGAAGGUGGUGGUACAAGUAGCCAAUUCGUUCAACUUUUAUUGCUCCCAUCAAAAUUUCUGCCACCCAUUCUGCUAUCGACGACAAAUGCGUGCUAGUUCGAGGCUGAUAAAAUCUGUGAGAAAAAUUUAUGGCGAAGAAUUCGGCAUCAUCAACGGCGCUGGAACCUUCGAUUUUGAAGCGGACAAGAAAGAUGAUGGUAAAAAAGAGAAACGAGGUCGUAAGGUUUCCGAACAAGCCAGCACACAAGUAUCGCCUGUCCGCAGAAAGGACAGCAUGGGUAGAAAAGACAGGAUCGAAAGAGCCUUAGACGGAUCGCAGUCCGGCAGACUGAUCGGUGGACACAGAGACUCCUCGAAAGACAUUGCAGAACCAGACUUGGAACGGGGUAAAGAUUCGAUAAAAAAGAAUGGCGACGAUCGCGCCAAAGAAGUGCCACCAAUUUUAAAGUACAUAAAAACUCAGGUAAAAGAUGCGUUUCACACGCCCUUGGCGACGUUGGUGAAAGGUGCGGUUGUCAUGUCGGAGGAUCUUUUCGUCGACAUUUUAUCUGUGGCAUGGGAACUUUUGCUCGAAUCUAAUCAAGAAGUUGCCGCAUCCGCGGCGUCUUUAUUCAUAAUUUCGGCUGUUCGAGCCCCAAAUCAAGCGAGUGACAUAAUGCAUCACGGCCUACAACACACCAACACAACAGUUCGCAUAAACGCUAUCCUCAGAUUUCAAGUAUUGUGGAAACUUCGGUACCAAGUGUGGCCGCGCAUGGAAGAAGCCGCCCAUUUAACGUUCAAAGUCCCCCCGCCUGGCAUAGAAUUUACCUUACCAUCCCCAAAAAUUGGGAUAGAAUCGUUGCCGGUCGUUGAUCCACCGUGGAUGCCGCAAGUCAAAACGAAAGUCGAAGAAGUCACGAUAAACCAAGAACGUCAUAGGUCCUUGGUAACGGCAACAAAAACUCGUAAGAAACAACAAACCGAACUGAUUAAAAGAGCUCUGCAAGCUCAGGAUGACAAGAAAAGAGAGGAAAGAGAAAAUUUCCUCAUAACUACAAUCCCGAUCACCGUUCAAGCUGCUUACGAACCGAGUCCCGUGGGAGACGACCACGACGAAGGUAACGUAGGUGACGAAGAUCCGGGCGAAUCGGCUCCCAGGAAUACUUCACAUCACGGACAGUUGGCAUUGUCCUUGUUCCCCUCGUCGUUAUGUUCGGCGAUAAUACAGAUAAUUAAUCUUCUCGACGAUGCCGCCGUUUCUGACGACGGUAACGCGGUGUAUGAGGUUGCUUAUCAGGUGAUUUGGAAUUGCCUGGUAGAAGACAGCGCCCUGUUUCUACGCUACGUUUUGGAACGAUUAACGAGAGAGAAGCAAGAACUCAUGUUCAAGAUUCUCAGACACCUCAUAAGAUUUGUACCGAAAUUACCCCAACAGGCCGCAUUCGCGUUGUACAAUUACAUUAUAGGAUACGUCAUGUUUUACGUGAGAUCUCCACACGAAGAAGGUCAAAAGCUCAUCGGGACGGCGCUGUCGAUACUUUGGAUGGUCGUGCACAGCGUUCAUGGAAUAAUGUUCAAAGAUCUGAAGCAGAUACUUCGAAAAGAACAGUGCGACGCCUCGAUUCUUCUCACGGCCAACGUCCCGUCAGCUAAGAAGAUUAUAGUCCAUGGACCCCAGGACCCGGAUGCGGGUGGAAUACCGUCGCAAUUUCCGGUCCAGGAAGACACGCAAUUUUGUCAGAUAUUGAGAGAAUCCUUAGAUUUCUUCGGAAUCGAAGAAGUCAAACACAAGGAAUACUUUUUGAUCGACUACAAAACGCAUCAAAUACACAAUCCCUCUUCGUACGUUCGGGAUUACUAUUUUUUCAAACGAUCGCAGUACCCUCAGCUUGAACUUGUUCACAUGAAACCCGAGGAAGCCUUUAACGCCCUUCAACGGCAAGAGUUAAUCCAUAAAUUUGUCGAGAUCGGAAAGGUGCUUUUGACGUGGGCGAUAUUGAAAAAUGUCGAUAUGGUUGUUCAACGAGUUGUGUUUUUACACGAAGAGCUGAUGAAGCUCCCUUCGUUUCCAAGAAAAGCACUAGAAGCUGAUCUCGAUCUUUACAAAGGUGGAGAAAUCGGGAAGGAACUGCUCGGGCUCGAUGUGAUGCACAAAUUCAUGUGGGUCAGACUCAUCGCUCGAAUGUUCGAAGCGAUGGCUGGAAAUUUUGCCUACUCCGGGGACAUUCAUUUAUUUCUCAACGUUUUGAACGGGGCUAUAAUACUCCACAGUGAGGACUCUUGCAUCCUGAGAUACGUUAUGGCCACGUACAUCAACGCUGCUCACAAUUUUAAAAACAUUUUCUCAACCAAUGGAUAUUUACUGAUCAUGCCAACCUUGCUCCAACUCUACUCCAAUCAUCAGACUAAUAAAUUAGUAAAAACCACCGUUGAAUACGCUGUCAAACAAUUUUAUCUCAUGAACAGAAAACCAUUUAUACUCCAGAUGUUCGGCAGUGUGUCAGCUAUAUUGGAUACCGAUGAGAUGAGCACUCACGGUGAAGCACACAAAGUCGCGUCCAAUUGCCUGUUCAAUUUGUUGUUGAGUCUUGAAACGCCGUCACCAGACCCUCUAAACAUUGGAGAACUUGUCAAAGAGGAUAAGCCGUUGAAAGCAAUUGAUUUUUGCUAUCACGAUGAAAACGAAAUGGUGACAGUUUUAGACUGCAUUUCUCUUUGCGUAAUGGUGAUCGCGUAUGCGGCUGAUUCCGUUCGAGGACAACAAAUGCUGAUAAUCUUGGAGGCGAUAUUGCCCUGUUAUGUUCAACAAAUUCAAUCACCGACGUAUAACAAGGAGGGAAAGACUGAAAAAGAAAUUAUAAAUCAGUUGGCAAUAGCCGUGAAGACGUUGGUCAACAAUUCCGAAGCUUUGACCAAAAAUUACAACGGUCCGCAAAGAUCUAGUCCGGAACACAAGGGCUCUAGUCAAAGAAAUUAUGGAAAAGGGCCCUACUCGCCUGGAUUUGAUUUCGACGAUGAGACAAACAAAUACGUAGAACAUUCGAGGACUAAGAUUUUAUACGAUCGAGACAAUGAGGACUCGGAAAAUUGUCAUAAGACUGAAUUCAGAAGACCGAGGGAUACCCUGCUCAACAUGGUGGGGGAUUUCCUCGCUCGAUGCUCGGUACGUCUGGCUGAAUUGAACAAGAGAGCAGCUCAGGACGGUAAAGCGAUCGAAUUACUUGAUUCGAAAUGUCACGUGAGACUCGCCGACAUAGCGCAUAGCCUUUUGAAGAUUUCGCCGUACGAUCGAGACACGAUGGGGUGCAGAGGAUUGCGAAGAUACAUGAACGAUAUACUCCCAUCAACAGAAUGGUCCAACGACGACAUGCGACCAGCGUUGACAAUAAUUUUGAGACGACUAGACAAAACUUUUAGUAAAAUUUAUAAGAAAACUUCGAUCAGACGAAACACUGACUGGGAGGCAGCGGGUGAUUUGUUAAAAGGGGUGUACGAAACUUUAUCCAGAUAUCCUUACAUCGCACAUUUUCAGCAUUUGAAAACACUACUGAGCACAUGCCAGGCUUUGAUAAUCGGAGACACGACUGGCUUAGUAGAAGUGGCGUCAGCUGCAUCGGCGGCUUUGAUGGGCCAAAUACCACCGCAACAUUUUUGUUCAACCGUAUUACGUUUGAUUGCACUUCACGUUAUUUCUCUUGGAGACGUUUAUUCGUUAGAAAAUGUCUGCGGAGGACAAUCGAUGUUCUCUACUCAAAAUCGUACAGAAAGUGUGCUGCUUAAUCUGUUGAUACCUUUGUUCCUUCGCGUCGGUACCGGAAGAAAGGAUGUUCCCAAAUUGAGGCAAGCCGAUAUAAGUUUUGCACUGACAGCCGUUUUGAAUACCCUGUGGCCUCCAACGGCAAAAACCGCUCCAAUCACAGCACAGACUUUGAAAACUGCCACCGACAUGAGAACCGGUAGCUUGACAUUUACGGCUCGAGAUGCUAAAGCUCCAACAAAAAUAUCACUAACGCUUUAUCAAGUUGCAUUUUUAGCGUUAAAAAUAAUGAUAAUUUGCUUCGAAUCGGAGUUGAAAACAGAAUGGCCAAGAAUUCUGCGCACGAUGCGCCUUUUAAACAAACGUAACGAAGCAUCGAUACAUUUAUGGGAUUUUCUGGAAUUCGUGGUCACUCAUCGGACAGCCCUUUACAUACAAAUGUCACCGUUUAUAGUUCACAAAAUCGGACAACCGCCGAUAUCGGAACACGAAAGAAACAUGCAAAGCAUUAUAAGAAAAAAAAUCAAUGGCAUCGGAAUGCCGGUACCAAAAUCACGCGGGACAUUGUUAACCGAUCUUUCCCAUGACCUUAAGGAUCUUAAAGAAGAGAUCGAAGACCGUAAAAUAGAUGAAGUGCAACCGGAACCCAAAAGAAGCGUAGUGGAUAUGCAUCCCGGGGCUCCGAACGCGAUACAAAACAGCAACGAAGGGCAACACGGACGUACUCAAAGACCAUCUUUAAUCGACUUGUUAACAGGGGAUCUCGGUUCGCGUGCUCAUAUCAAUCGUACCCCUGCAGAGACUCCCUCUCAACAUUCUCAGCCCACACCAGUGUCUCAUCCAACUCCACCACACACUUACAGUCAAUCUAUUAUUCCAAAAUCAGCUGCACAUGCGAUUCCAGUACAAUUCCCUGUCAUACAUCCACCAACUUCAGUACAACCAACUGCUAUUAUCACCAGAGAUCAGAUCUUGGACAGGAGAUGUCUUUUUCGUCUUUUUGUAACAAGCUCUGCAUCGAGUACGAGUGCUGGAUCGACGACGUUGAAAGAGUCGAGCGAUUGCAGUAACAAGGAUAUGCAGGACCAGCCACCGUUAACAGAUAGAUCCCAACCAUCUUCUGCUAAUGAUGAACAUAACAAUGUUAAGUCUCACCCUAUAUUACCUCAUCAAAAGACGUCCAAACUGCGCUUUGUCUCUUCUGUAGAGUUUAGGCACUCUUCAGGAGAAACCCUAACAACUCAAUUGAGUCCAAGCAGUCCAACCGAGGACAGCUCUGGGGAGUCUCGCUCUCACAGACCUCGACUGCAACGUUCGACAGGACAAAGCAAGAAAACGUUUCGUUUAAGAAAAAGUCGUAGGAGUCGCAUUGAAGUAUCACACAUAACAGUUGGGUCCCCAGACAAUUCGAGUCAACUAACAGCUUCGACUCCGCCAACAGUUGGUGAGCUAUCAAUUUCUGGUAUUCCAUCUGAAUCAUCAUCUAUUCGUUCAAAGCGUAGUUUUUCGGCUCGGCAAGGGCAUAAUGAUAGCCGUGGAAAUCACCAACAAUCAGACAUAUCGUGGGACGAAGACACGAGUGUGAUUUCACAAACUUCAAGUACAUCUGGCUAUCGUGAAUCAUUGAGUAUGCAACUUAUGUCAUUAGAAAGUGGCGGGCAAUCAGCUCCACCUUUGGCCUCACCAGAUCUCAAUGAUCUACCAUCUACCAGUAGUGCUACAACGAAUUAUAUAGUAUUUGAUGGAAGUUCACCUGACUGUUCAAUUAAUGGAAGUGGAGGAGAGAAAACUGCCUUAUUAACAAACAGCCAGCGAUCAUCGUCCCAACAUUCUUUACUAAUGGUAUUCCAAACUCAAGACGAGGACACAUUGAUCUGAGUUGAUUUCUACAGGGAUAAUGUAUAAUAAUAUUUUAUUUGUAACAAUUUAACUAGUAGACUAGUUAACUUCCAAGUAAUAUACUGCUGCGAGGACGAUAAGUACUUUAGCAAUCAAGAGAAGACACGUGCCACUCACAGUAUGUGGAGUCAGCAUAAUUUUGUCAGUAUAACAUUGACAGCGAUGUAUUGAUUAGAAAAUCAACGUUUAGCACUAUAUUACGAUUUAUUAUUGUACAAAUACUAGGUAUUAUUGUAAGAAAUGAAAUUAAACUGAUUUUUUUACAGCA